GGCUUCCACUGCUACGGUAGCCGGAGGGCGGUGGCGUUUCUCGCGCUGCGUAAACGGAGAGAGCAGGGAGAGAAAGGGAGGGAGAGAAAGGUAUAGAGAGAGCGUUCAGUGGCCAGGCAGCACCGCCGCUGACACUGAGCGAGGGACCCAGCGAACGAGGUGAUUUCGCCUCUCUUCUUAUUGCACACAGCUUCAGCUCGCACGUUUUCAAACGGAUUAGACACCGGGGACCCAAAGCGUAUCAAGCCAAUCUUUUGGACUUUUCUUUUUCGCCCGAGCAGACAAUAAACACUUAUUGGGGGUUCUGGUCCCGUCCCCCCCACAGACACACACCCCUCCCUAGCCCCCCGUAACCACAAGCAGCGGACGAGCAGAGGAGUUUCUCACACGGCUUGUAUGUGGAAAAGUGGACGGAGCGCUGGGCCGAGCACUGGAAUAGGACACCUGGGUUGCCGCCGAUUGAUGAGAAUGUGUGCCACACCGGGAAUCAUGGUGCUCCUGGUGGUCGUACACCUAGGACUUGCCCAAGUCGACGACGACGACUUCCUGGGCCUGAGGGAGCUCCCCGAGACCUUCCCCUCGGACCCCCCAGAGCCCCUGCCCCACUUCCUGUUCGAGCCCGAGGAGGGCUACAUCGUGAAGAACAAGCCGGUGAACCUGUACUGCAAGGCCACGCCCGCCACACAGAUCUACUUCAAGUGCAACAGCGAGUGGGUGCACCAGAAGGACCACACCGUGGAGGAGCGGGUGGACGAGAACUCAGGGCUGGUGGUGCGGGAGGCCAGCAUCGAGAUCACCAGGACGCAGGUGGAGGAGCUGUUCGGGCCGGAGGACUACUGGUGCCAGUGUGUGGCCUGGAGCUCGGCGGGGACCACCAAGAGCCGCAAGUCCCACGUCCGCAUCGCCUACCUGAAGAAGUCUUUUGAGCAGGAGCCGCUGGGGAAGGAGGUGUCUCUGGACCAGGAGGUGCUGUUACAGUGUCGGCCCCCAGAGGGCAUCCCCGCCGCCGAGGUGGAGUGGCUGAAGAACGAGGAGAUCAUCGACCCUGCGGAGGACCGGAACUUCUACAUCACCAUCGACCACAACCUGAUCAUCAAGCAGGCGCGCCUCUCCGACACGGCCAACUACACGUGCGUGGCCAAGAACAUCGUGGCCAAGCGGAGGAGCACCACGGCCACCGUCAUCGUUUACGUGAAUGGGGGCUGGUCCACGUGGACAGAGUGGUCGGCGUGCAACAGCCGCUGUGGGCGGGGCUUCCAGAAGCGCACCCGGAGCUGCACUAACCCCGCCCCUCUGAAUGGAGGGUCGCCCUGCGAUGGACAGGCCAUCCAGAAACUGGCCUGCACCACACUGUGCACAGUGGACGGUGUGUGGACUGACUGGAGUAAGUGGUCGGCCUGUGGGACAGAGUGCACCCAGUGGAGGAGGAGGGAGUGCAACAACCCAGCCCCAAAGAACGGAGGGAGGGACUGUGACGGCCUGGUGCUCCAGUCACAGAACUGCACCGACGGACUCUGCAUGCAAAGCUCAUUGUUUCAGAAGGCAACAGAGAGCAAAGAAAGGAAUGAUUUGGGAUUCACAUCGGCGCCCAGUGCGGACGACGUGGCGCUGUACGUGGGCAUCGUCAUCGCGGUCAUCAUGUGCCUGGUCAUCUCCGUCAUCGUGGCGCUCUUCGUCUACCGCAAGACGCACCGCGACUUCGACUCUGACAUCAUCGACACCUCGGCGCUCAACGGCGGCUUCCAGUCGGUCAACAUCAAGACGGCGAGAUCAGCAGAUCUUCUUACCGCUACUCCGGACCUGACCAACGCGGCGGCCAUGUACCGCGGGCCCGUGUACGCGCUCCACGACGUCUCGGACAAGAUCCCCAUGACAAACUCUCCCCUGUUGGACCCACUGCCCAACCUCAAAAUCAAGGUGUACAACUCCUCGGGUCUGGUCACCCCGCAGGACGACCUGGGAGGCGACUUCACUUCCAAACUAUCUCCCAAGGUGACCCAGUCCCUCCUGGACAACAGCGACACCAUGAACCUCAGGAACCAGAGCCUGGCCAGGACACGGGACCCAUCGUGCACCGCACACGGCUCCUUCAACUACCAGGGGGGGCACCUCAUCGUGCCCAACUCUGGUGUGAGUCUGCUGGUCCCAGCAGGAGCAGUACCGCAGGGUCGGGUCUAUGAGAUGUAUGUGACCGUGCACAGGAAGGACAGCUUAAAGCCCCCGGUGGAGGACGUCCAGACGGUGCUGAGCCCCGUGGUGAGCUGCGGGCCCCCGGGGGCCCUCCUGACCAGGCCGGUCAUCCUCACCAUCCACCACUGCGCCGACACGGACCAGGAGGACUGGCUGAUCCAGCUCAAGAGCCAGCUGGCCCUGGGGGAGUGGGAGGACGUGGUGGUGGUGGGAGAGGAGAACUUCACCACCCCCUGCUACGUGCAGAUGGACUCAGAGGCGUGCCACAUCCUCACCGAGACCCUGGGGACCUACUGCCUGGUGGGCCAGUCGGUGGGCAAGUCAGCCGCCAAGAGACUCAAACUAGCGGUGUUCGGGCCGGUGUCCUGCACCUCGCUCGACUACCACAUCAGGGUCUACUGCCUGGAUGACACGCAGGACGCACUUAAGGAGGUACUGCAGAUGGAGACGCAGAUGGGCGGAAAGCUGCUGGAUGAACCCAAGACGCUGAACUUCAAAGACAGCACUCACAACCUGAGACUGUCGGUCCACGAUGUGCCACACACACACUGGAGGAGCAAGCUCAUCGCCAAGUACCAGGAGAUCUCCUUCUACCAGGUGUGGGGCGGCAGCCAGAGAACGCUCCACUGUACCUUCACACUGGAGAGGCUGAGCUCUGCCACGUCGGAGCUCUGCUGCAAGCUGUGUGUGCGGCAGGUGGAGGGGGAGGGCCAGAUCUUCCAGCUCAGCAACACACUGGAGGAGGACGUCCAGUGCAUAGACACAUCCCUGAUGGACCCGGCCAGCAACAUCACAGCUCUGGUGGGGCCCAACGCCUUCCGCAUCCCCCUGUCCAUCAGACAGAAGCUGUGUGGCAGCCUUGACGCGCCCCAGACCAGAGGCAACGACUGGAGGAUGCUGGCUCACAAGCUCCGCCUGGACAGGUACCUGAACUACUUUGCCACCAAGGCCAGCCCCACGGGGGUGAUCCUGGACCUGUGGGAGGCGCAGCACUUCCCCGACGGAGACCUCAACGAGCUGGCGGCCGUGCUGGAGGAGAUGGGUCGCCAUGACAACAGCAUGCCCUCCAUGAUGACGGCCGAUCACUGACCACGCCCCCGCACACACAUUUUAAAAGAGAUAAAGAAACGAUGGCCGGUCACCUUGGAGGUGUUGGAACAUUAAAGACAGGGGGGGGAAAGGAUAUUUUUUUUUAUAUCUAAAGUGGGUUCCAAAGGGAACGAGGAAGAUGAGGAGGAUGAGGAGGAAGAGGGGGUCCAUGUGUACACAAGGAGAAGGCUGUACAGAGACUUUAUACUAACACGGCGGACCGAACUGUUACGCAGGGGUUCGCCAAACAUUGCUCUGUGUGGUUGUGUGUGUGUAUGUGUGUGUGUGUGUGUGUGCGUGCAUGCGUGUCAAACAGUGUGUGUACGUGCGUACACCUGUGUGUGUGUGUGUGUGUGUGUGUGUUUGUGAUCUCGCAGAGGCAUGUCCAAGUCCUCUUUUUGUUUUCGCGUGGGCUAGCAUCAAGGAAAGGCAAACAGCGCCUAUGGGCUGCCCACAGGAACAAACAUGAAACACAUCAGGCUGAAACCCAUACAGUACACAUCAUAGCAGGUCCCUGGAUUCAUCCCGAUCAACCCAAACAUAUAGGAAACAGAAACCUAGGCUGAAGAAACCGACCUUGACGUUCCCUCCUCGCACUCUCAGGAGGAAGGAGAAUAUUAUCCAAGGAAGGCAAGGCGAGAUGAGAGGACUCCCCUUUGGUUGGAGGAACCAGGAUGUAACAAAAUAAAAGCGGGCGAUAAAGGAUAUGAAAAAUGAAAGCGCGCAGCAGGUGACCAGCCGUAAAGAAGAGGAAGGAGGGAGGGGUCGGAUAACGGAAUAAAGCGUCUCUUGUGAACCCGACACCGCUGUACCGGUUCCCCCGUACAACUUGUUUUCUUUAUAUCGUUCCCUAUAGGGAACACGGUCUAUCGUGGAGUUUUUGUUUUGUUUUUUUCGCCGUCUGUUUUUUCGGUGGAGUGCUUUUUCCUGUUCUCCACGCAGCAGGUCCGAGCAACCAGGUCCUGACCCGGUCCUCAAUCAGAUGGACUUCUCUGUGCCGGGCAGCGGAGCGAAGCCAGACUGAUGGAUGUGAUGUCUGUUACGUUUUCAAGGUUUCCGACAGGGAGGUCACCCGGUCUGUUUAUUUCCGAGGCCCGAAUCCUUUUUUUAUUAUUUCAGAGGCAUUCAAUGUGACAGUAUUUUUGCGACUGUUGAGGAAGGCAAGCCUGCUCAUUUCCACCGAGGGUGUUUGUAUGUGUUGACCCCUGUCAUGUUCUACAUGGUAUUCUUCUUCUGAAAAAGCUUAGGGGCAAAAAAGGUGCAGACAAUGUAAAUAUCCGCUUUCUCCAGUGAGUGGAUCUUGAGAUGUUUUGACCUGUUUGACUUAGUGCUUCAGCUUAACACCCCAUAAGAGGACUCGUAAGGGGUACACUGAAGGACGGUGGGUUGCCUAGUAACCACUCCAACUGCUAUAACAAGAGUUAGAAUUCUGUACCCAGUAUUGUUGGAUUAAAAGGAUUUAUUUUGUGACUUUGCGACCGCACGCAGGAAGGCAAAAGGAAAAAGGGACAAACUAAGGAGGGGUAAUCGUUAAUUAUACCUCUUAAAACAACGGUUGUGCGAUGGUGAACCAUAAUACAGCUGGCAUAUUUUGAUGAAUGCGGGGGACUUCUGGUCUGAUGUGUGUGUCUUGUUCCCUGACAUUUGCCUUCAGGUUGCUUUAUGUGUGGCUGUCACCUCCAUGACUUUCAUUGCGUUGUCACGAGCACCGUUCAGUGGCCUUGUUGGAGAAUAACAGCGGUUGCAUUUGGUUGUGAUCAAGAAAUUGUAAAUACAUGAUUAUCAUUCUCAUCCUAAUGGCAAUUGUAUUAACUGCAUAUCAUGGUUGAUCGAUUUUUCUUGGCUUUAUAUACAUUGAUAUCAUAUUAUGAUUUGUUUGCAUCCUUUUAAGUUUUGGAAAUCAAUGGUGUUACAUAUUAAUGGUUGCCAAUUUUAUUAAGUAGACCCCUAUUCUGUGUUCAAAAAAGGCCAUUCAUAACAUGUAUUAUUUCAUUUUUUUAUAUUUAAAUACGUUUAUUUCAUUCAUUUCAUCAACACCUAGAAAACAAGAGGUUUAAAAUGAAGUGCACCAUCCCUGAUAGAAACACAGAUGAUUGCUAUGUGACAAGAAUCGCCACGAAGAUCUAUACGAAAAUGAGUUGCAGUAACAUUUCUAUCACACUAGGGGGCAGUGCUGUCUCAAGAACACUCAAGGUUUAACUUACUCCCGUUGGGGUUUACAGGGAGACAGAGUGCUUUGGCUUUGAAGAAUGGGAAAGAAUAUCAAACUGUUACAUAACCUUGUUGUGGUUAACCCUUAGGUUAUAUAAUGUGUUUAUGGUGGCGCAAAACAUUCUAAACUUCCUGUGAGAUGGACAGAAAAAUACAUGAACGAUCCAGAAGCUGGAGUUAACAGUGUUUUCUCCAUACUGCUUUGGGAUUUGUGCUGCAUGUCUCGCAGCAUCUAGUGUCACAUUGUAGACAUUGUUAUGAAGGCAUCUACUAUUCAAUAGUCGCCAUAUAGAAGCAAACUGACUGGUUUGUGGAGGAGAUAGGGAGCAAAAUAUAAAAGUACAAUGUGUCAGGUGAGUUAGGGAGGAGAUUGAGAACUUUAUUUUUGUUUACCUGAUACCGCAACUGUCUAAACAGCAAGAGUGCUCCUCGAUGAAAUAUGGGUUAUGGGUUUGUUUUUGUUGUUUUUGUCAUUUUGUUUUUAACCAAACAGACAGCUUUGAAAGGAAUACAGGGGAAACAUAUUCAGAUGUACACAAAUCAGAUGUAUCAGUCUAGGGCCCUAGGCCUUGGGUAUACAUUAAUCAAAAUGUAUUUGUAUUCAUGCUAAGCUGACAUACCCAACCAAAGUAGAGUUAUCCCUGCUGAAUCAUUGAAAUCUAAAGUGUUUGAGAGAGAACUGCCAUGCAUUCAGCUGUUAUUGUUUUGUUCUUCAUUUUGCAGAACCGAGCAUGUCGGUCAAAAUAGCUUGAGAAAUGUUUCACACUUUGUCUCCACAACCUUCCUUUCUCUCCCUAUCCCUCCCUACAUCUCUCGCCUUCACUUUAUACAUGUCUCUCUCUCUCUCGCUCUCUCUCUCCCGAAUAUCCCGCCCAUUCAUCUCGCUCUUGUUUCUACACAGAGGGUCAAUAAAGGGAGUGAACGGAGGCUUCAUGACAUGCAGCGUGCUAGGCCUCAACACAGAGAUCUGGCAUGAGUCACUAAAAAGGUGGAAAGGGAUGUAAAAAAAACAAAAAACUUUUCUUUUCUAUACACAGUAUGUACAGUUGUGUGCUGUCGUCUAUAUUUGGCAAAUUUCGUAAUACAAAAAAACAGCAGUACAAGUUAUAGUUGAUAGUUUGUAUGGUUUCAGUUUGUGUUGGAUUUUUGUUAUUAUUUUGGUAAAGGCAGUGUCUACUAUGCAAACCUGGCAUUGUUUCUCAUGAUAGACGUGUAUUUAAAGCUGUGCUUGUAAGUGCAUUCUUCUCCUUUUGUUCUACUAUCAGGGGUGUUUUGGUUUGUUAAUGUCGGGUAGUAUUGGUCCAUUAUAGCUAAUUCUGGCACGCUUCAAUCUUGCGGUUUUCCCUUCUCGCUGUCGCUCUUAAUUGUUUUCUGUACAAAGUGUAAGAAAGAAUUUUUAAGACAAUUAAUAAAUUAUAUUUAUAAGCAAUA